AUGUCUUUUUUAAAGAAAUUAUUCAUAAAAUCAGCGAAAGAAAAAGAAGAUCAGUAGGUGCAUCAUAAUAUCAAUCAGAUUUAUAAUACUUAACCAUUCCAAAAGAAAUCAAAUCCAAUCUAUAAUUACAAUGGCAUAUAUCGAAUUGAAUAAUUUGAAAUCAUUCUUGAGUAAUAAAUAAUAGACCUUGAACAACUGAAGCAAUUGACUUGGAGAGGAGCUCCAUAAGGUAAUUUAUGAUACAACAUAAGUUUACAGAGCAAAAGCCUGGAAACUCAUAUUGAAAUAUAUUCCACCUAAUCAUAUGAGUUAAACUAGUGUUAUUCAGAAAAAGAGACAAGACUACCUGCAGUACAUAAAAAAUUAUUAUGAACAAAUUCAUGAGAGAGAUGAUGGCGAAGAGAAGAUAAUUAAAAUUAUAUCAAAUGAUGUAUUGCGAACCUAGCCAGAUUAUCAACUGUUUAGAAACCCUAAAAUCUAGGAUCUAUUUAAAAGAUUACUUUUUAUUUGGAGUCAACGACAUCCAAUGAGCGGGUACCUUAUUUCUUAAAGUAGUUAUGUCUAAGGAAUAAAUGACAUUGCAGCUCCAUUGAUAGCUGUGCUACUUAAUGAAUAUGUCAGAGUAGAUUUUAAUAAAUUUGAUGUACCUUCUGAUUUUCAUAAACUUCCCGAUGACAUACUACUAGAUAUAGAAGCUGAUAUUUAUUGGUGUCUUUGCAAAAUCAUUGAAAACAUUCAAGAUUAUUUCAUCCACAAUUAGCCUGGCGUGUCUUUAGCAUAUGAUAAAAUAAGAAACAUACUGAAUACUGUAACUUAUAUAGAUUAUGUAGAUUGAUCCAACUAUUUUAGAUUACUUUCAUUAACAGCAAAUCGAUUUUAAUCAUUUUGCUUUCAGAUGGGUUAUUUGUCUGCUAAUUCGAGAAUUUCCUCUCUACUUGGCUAUCAGAAUAAUGGAUACUUACCUAUCCGAAGGAGAUAACAUGGCAAAUCUUCAUAUAUACACUGUUUCCAAUUUGAUCCUUAAAUGUGGACCUGAAGUAUCAAAUGCAUAAUGAUUUAGAUCAAAAAUAAAAACAUGGGUGACGCUGUCAUCUUUCUACAAAACCUUCCUACUAAAGAUUGGACAGAAUUAGAUAUUGAAAUGCUUUUGCAAGAAGCCUAUGUUUUUAAGGAGUAUAUGACGAACAAACAAGGUUUGAAUUAAUCUUUGACUUCCACUUAAUCAAAUCGAAAUUCCAUUAAAUGA